AUGAGAGUGUCUACUGCCUGCCAAGCAUGCAGAGAUAGACGCCGAAAGUGCGACGCCUCUCAGUUUGGCGUGUCGUGCACUUAUUGCUCAGAACGUGGUAUCCAGUGCACACGAGACAGCUCCUCCAACUUGCAAGCCGCAGAACCUGCAUCUAAUGCCUCCGUCUCAAAUAUUCUACUGCCUCGAGUGAUGUCGCCUCAGGCAGCGGCACCGUCUUCAGAUACGUUACCUCCUCCAUCAAUUUGCCUUGAGCUCGUGAAUUUAUAUUUCGAUUUCAUCCACGACCAGUUUCAUUCUCUUUUCCAUAAACCAACUGUACUUGAAGAUGUCAAACAAAGACGUGCUUCACCCGUUCUUCUUUUGGCUAUGAUGGCCCUGUCGGCGAGAUUUUCAAGCAACCCAUUCUUCGCAGAUAUAAAUCCCAGAGAAAGGGGGGAUCGUUAUGCAGAAGAGAGCAGUCGACUUCUCAAUCUCAGAGACGUAUCCUUGACCACUGCGCAGGCCUGCGUCUUGCUUGGUGCGUUUAGCAUUACUCAUGGGGAGGCACAGGCAGAGGCAGUCUAUUACUCCGUUGCGUGCCGUAUCGCAAAUCUUCUAAAUCUUGCAAGCAAACCCACCUCGGACCCAGUAGAGCGUGAAGUGAACAUACGAGACAAAGUUUGGUGGUCGCUCUGCAUGAUCGAUGUCUGGUCUUCAACAGGCGUUGGGCUUGCAAGACAGAUGCCGGUCCUCGAUACCUUACCCCUCCCAAUGGACGACGUUGGAUUUCUUGCUCCCAGGCAAGCAGAAGCUAUUCCCUGGACCGUAGAUCAUGGCUCCUCGUUACUGGCCCACAUGAUCAAGCUCAACCGUAUCCUCCUUGAAAUAAACUUGCUGAAUGAACGAACUGUCUCAGGGGCUACCUCGGGUGUUGUACUUGAGAAUGAAGUAAUGGGUUUGUCAAACGCACUUGACGAAUGGCAUAACAGUCUCCCACCCUCCAUGCACAAUACGCCUACCAACCUGCAACGUUACGCUUCGCGAGGGCUUGGAAGGAUGUUUGUUGCGGUAUAUCUUGGAUAUUAUCAUUUUGGGCAACUCCUCUUUUAUCAAUUCCUCCACGGUGAUUGCACCGGUACGGUGUUGAGUGCGCGAUUCUACGCGGAUCGCUGCAAAUCAUACGCCGAAUCACUUUGCGAGAUCAUAUAUGCCGCAAAUUCGAUACCGAGCUGUGAUGUGCGGUAUACAAUGGUCGGUCAUAUUAUGGUGAUUGCAUCCACUGUACAAAUCCACACCUUAUUAUUCAGCGACAAUGCAGCGCAGAUUAUGACAGCGAGGAGAAGGCUUGAGCGAAAUUUUGAAAUCCUGAGUCAGUUGAGGGCGUAUUGGCCAACUCUCGAUAUCUGCUUUACAAGAUUGCAGGCAUUUCACAAGGCUUGUAGGAGCUCGAUGGAUGACUCUUUCAGACUUGAUCAGUGGAUGCUGAGAUUCUUGUCCGAAUUUGCGGAGCCUGUGGAUGAUCGGAUAAUGGACCGAUCUGCUACGGAAGUUUGGUCGUUGGAGAACAUUGGAUGCAGUCCCGAGACUUAA